AUGUUCCCACCAUCACAGGGCCUCAGUCUCGACAUUGAUGCCAUCAGCGGCAUCACUGGCUCAAUUUCCAUCGCAUGCUGGGUUGUGGUGUUCUCGCCGCAAAUCAUUGAGAACUUUCGCCGCGGUUCCGCAGAUGGAUUGUCGGUCGUCUUCAUUGUUGUCUGGCUGCUCGGCGAUGUCUUCAACAUUAUUGGCGCCGUGUUGCAGCGGGUGCUGCCCACAAUGAUCAUCCUGGCCAUCUACUAUACGCUCGCCGACAUCGUUCUGCUCGCACAAUGUUUCUACUACAAGGGCUUCACGUUGAAGGACGAGGUUGGAAAGCCGGCGGAUGACGAUGAGCCGCCGAGAGAGCCGACAGAGACGUCGGCGCUGCUGCGUCCCAAUGGCAAUGGCCAUGGCCAGUCGAGGUCUGCCCGCAUUAGCGAUGCCGAGCGGCGGUCGUCGUACUCGUCCUUUACCGAGCGGUUGUUCCACGACGGAGAACACCUGUCGCCCGCGACGCCUUUUGUCGACACACCCGCACCGGCCUCUGCGCCACGGCCUUCUCGCUCGGCGCUCAAGUCGGUCCUCUUCAACCUCGUCGCCGUCGUUCUGGUGUGCGCGGCUGGCUUCCUCGGCUGGCUUCUCACAUACCAGCCACCGGCAAACAACACGACAGAUGAGGGCGAGGACAGCAUCCAGUUCAACGUCCUAGGCCAGAUUGGCGGCUACAUCUGCUGUGCCCUGUACCUAGGAUCGCGGCUCCCACAGCUGUACCUGAACUACAAGCGGCAGAGCACAGAGGGAAUAUCUAUGCUGUUCUUCAUCUUUGCGUGCCUCGGCAACCUGACCUAUGUCAUCUCCAUUCUGGCGUACAAGCCUGUAUGCCACGGACAUGGCGGGCACUGCAGGCCGGGCGAGGCCAGCAUAAUCUACGGACGCUAUUUCCUCGUCAACCUCAGCUGGCUGCUGGGAAGCUUCGGGACGCUUCUGCUGGAUGCGGGCGUGUUUGUACAGUACUUCAUGUAUAGGAAGGAUGACUCGGAUGAGGCAGUGGCAUAG